UCAUUCAUGAUCAGUACGCGGCCCCCAGAGACCCAGCCCGCGCGCCGGGAGGGGAGCCCAGCGUGCGGCAGGAGGGGCGGGCGGACCGCGGCUCCCGCACCACACGCGGCGCUGGCUGGGUAGCCUCGCAGGCGGGCGCCUGCCCCGUGUCCAGUGCCAGGCAGGCUCCGCCGUGGUCUGCCCGGAGCGAAGGAAGCAGCCGGGCGGGUUCCGAGGGCUCGCCGCCGCCGGGAGCCAGUGGCCCUGUGCGUCCGUGCAUGUGCGGGGCUGAAAGGAACGGCUCCCAGCGCCUGGCCCGCGCUCGCUCGCUGAAUACCAAGCUGCCAGCCAGCUGCCGCGGGUGCUUCCCUUCUCCGCCAAUUCGGAGUGGAGGAUCCACACUGAUUUCUUCCCAGGGGAGGGGAGGGGCAGGGCCCGGGGUCCCAACUCAAGUCUUGGCUGCCAUGGGGGCCGUCAUGGGCACCUUCUCAUCUCUGCAAACCAAACAAAGGCGAACCUCCAAAGACAUCGCCUGGUGGUAUUACCAGUAUCAGAGAGAUAAGAUUGAAGACGAGCUGGAGAUGACCAUGGUUUGCCACCGGCCCGAGGGCCUGGAGCAGCUGGAGGCCCAGACGAACUUCACCAAGAGGGAGCUGCAGGUCCUCUAUCGGGGCUUCAAAAACGAGUGCCCGAGUGGUGUGGUCAAUGAAGAAACAUUCAAGCAGAUCUACGCACAGUUCUUCCCUCAUGGAGAUGCCAGCACGUACGCCCAUUACCUCUUCCACGCCUUUGACACCACCCAGACCGGCUCCGUGAAGUUCGAGGACUUCGUAACCGCUCUGUCGAUUCUGCUGAGAGGAACCGUCCAUGAGAAGCUAAGGUGGACAUUUAACUUGUAUGACAUCAAUAAGGAUGGAUACAUAAACAAAGAGGAGAUGAUGGACAUCGUCAAGGCCAUCUACGACAUGAUGGGGAAAUACACGCACCCCGUGCUCAGGGAGGACACCCCCAGGCAGCACGUGGACGUCUUCUUCCAGAAAAUGGACAAAAAUAAAGACGGGAUCGUGACGUUAGAUGAAUUUCUCGAAUCCUGUCAGGAGGAUGACAACAUCAUGAGGUCCCUCCAGCUAUUCCAAAACGUCAUGUAACUGCGGACACAGCCACCCGGCUCUCAGAGACACUGGGCUAAACCACCAACCUAACACCUUGAUCUGCCCUCCUGGCUUUCCACUGACUCCGGGACAGAAACACCUUCUGUCCUUGGGAAGAAUUCUCCGCCGAAGACUUCCUGUGGAGCCCAGCAUCCCGUGGACCGGUCUCUGAUGGCCAGCUCUUCCUCCUCCCUCUUCCUGAGAGAGACAAGAUGAAAUUGGAAGCAUGCUCAUCUCGUCACACCGCCGCCCCGGGGAAGGCCCCUCUGCCUGAGCUUAGACUGUACUGCACACGUGUGUGUCUGCUUGCGCGCCCCCGCCCUCUGCUUACAGUGCAGCAGACCUCGAUGUGUCUGGAAGCAAGGUGACCUGAACCAAAUGCCCUCCAUCCUCUGAUGGCCUCCCAAACCAAUGUGCCUGUUUCCCUCCCUUUGGUGGGAAGAAUGAGCGUUCUUCGGAAUGAUGUGAAUCUACGGUGACUGGCGUGGGAGGGCCAGCACCUGACCUGUGGAGGGCAGGACUGAGUUAUUGAGCAUGGCAUUGUCUGACGACCCAAACCGCCCCUUCCUUCUGUUCCUGGAGGCAAGGACCAGUAAUCCUCUCUCACUGGCAUCUGUGCUGGUCGGACCCAUCCCUUAAGAGCCCAGGAAGGGAGCCGACACCCAGAGGUCCAUGUCUCCACUCCAUCUCCUGCUACAGCCCAGCACUGCAUGUCCCUGCCAGAAAGCCUGCAAAUCACUGUAAUUUUAUACCAUCUUCUAACCAAUAAACAGAAGUAUUUCUUACACUCUUAA